AUGGCAUCGGAUACCUUACUGGAGGAGUUAAGCUGCUCCGUCUGCACCAGUAUUUUCACAGAUCCUGUAACGUUGAUGUGUGGCCACAGCUUCUGCCAGGACUGUAUCACCAAAACUUGGGACUGGCAGGAAGAAAAUGAGGAGAAAGCGUCAUGCCCUGAGUGCAGACUGGCAUUUAAGAAAAGACCAGAUUUGAAUAAGAAUGUGAAAUUGAGAAACAUAGUGCAGAAACUUGGGUGCAGUCAGUCACAGGAGCAGGCGAGUGGCCCCUUGUGCAAUUACUGUAUUAACUUUGGUGGAGCUGCUGUUAAAUACUGUCUCCAAUGUGAGGCUCUUCUCUGUAACAACCAUGUGGAUGUGCACAGCAAAUCUGAGAAACAUGUCUUAUGUGAGCCCUGCACCUUUCACCAUAAACCCCUGAGCUAUUACUGCAUGGAUGAACUGUAUAGUAUCUGUGAGGGCUGCCGUCAGACUGAAGAACACAGAGACCACCAGGUAUUGCAUCUGAAUGAGGCCUCUGAAAAGAGGAAGGAGAAGCUGAAAACAUUUCUACAGAAACUGACAGCAAAGAAAUACGAGACAGAGGAUAGGAUUCAUUGCCAGGAGGACUUAUUCCAACUUCCAGCCCCUGACAUGGUUCAUCUCCUAAACACAAAGUUGAAGCAGCUCUCCUGCAAAAUCCAUCAUGUUGAGAAGCUCUGCAGAAUGACUGACCCAUUCACUGUCCUACACGGGUGGGAUCCUGACAGGGCUGAUGUGAUUGAUGUUGAACCAGAAUAUAUUAGGGGUUAUGGUUACAAUGAUAUUGAUGCUGUUGGAGACCUGAAUGAAGUGAUGGCUCCAAAAUUAUGCAAAACGCUAUGUGAUAUUGUGACUGAUAUAAAGUCAAUGAAAGAGAGAAAGUUAUAUAGGAAGGAAUAUAUAGACCUACAACUGGAUAUCAAUACAGCUGCUAACAGCUUAAAUAUAUCAGAUGACAGGAAGGCUGUUUAUUCAACGGCCAUAGACCAGGGUCGUCCAGAAUCCCACCAUCGAUUUGCAUCUAGUUAUGUUCUAAGCACCAGGAGUUUCUCCUCAGGGAGACAUUACUGGGAGGUGGAGGGCAGUGAUUCUGGGAUCUGGAUGGUGGGAGUGGCCUACCCUAGUAUAGAGAGGAAACAAUGUGGCACUUGGACAGAAGACGAGAAGUCCUGGUGGUUGUGUAAGAGAGGUGGAAAAUAUUCAGUGAAACACAACGGAAUGGCUAUUGAGUUGCCACAUAAACCUGCCUGUUCCAUACUAGGAAUAUAUAUAGAAUACGAGGGAGGCCGUCUGUCUUUUUUUCAUUUAAGUUAUCCAGUGAGACACAUAUACACCUACACUGCCACCUUCACAGAGUCCCUUCAUGCUAUAUUCAGCAUAGGGUCACAUGGCUGGGUAAGAAUUAAAGGCUAA